ACUCUUCUUUGGUGGUUUACAUUAGAGUUUAGACAAACAAGCCCCUAGCUCUUCUUAAGAUUUGGAACCAGCAGGUCCUGUACUGCUGCUCAUUCCCUCACUCGCGGAAGAAACCGUGUACAUCUUUCCUCGACAAGCUUCAAAUAAACCUUAACAGACAAAAAGGAAGCCUUUUCUUUCUUUUUACCUGUUUGGGCCAAAUUGCACAUCUUUCUUGAAUAAAGUUUCAAGUAAACCUUAAUGCAAUGACUGAAUGAAUGAUUUUGGAAGCCACCAAAGUCUCCAUUUUCAAACGGACAAGAAUGAUAGAGCCCAGAUUCAGAUUCAGAGCCGUAGCUCUCCUCUCUGUGAUUCUUGUUGUAGGUUCAUCUCUGAAGGCACAAUCAGCUAUAGGAGUGAACUGGGGGACUCUGUCAUUCCACAAGCUGAAGCCCUCCACAGUGGUGGAUCUCCUGAAAGUCAAUAAGAUACCAAAAGUGAAGCUGUUUGAGGCAGACCCGGAUGUUUUAGAGGCUCUCAUGGGGAGUGGGAUACAGGUCAUGGUUGGUAUCCCUAAUGAGAUGCUGACUGCCUUGAGCUCAUCCACUGUGGCCUCUGAUUUGUGGGUUCGACAGAAUGUGUCCAGAUAUGUGGUUAAAGGUGGUGUUGAUAUCAGGUAUGUUGCUGUAGGAAAUGAGCCCUUCCUUUCUAGUUAUUCAGGUCAAUACGAGUCAUAUGUCAUGCCUGCACUGCUCAACCUACAACAGUCCUUGGCCAAAGUGAAUCUUGCAAGCUACAUAAAGUUGGUGGUUCCUUGCAAUGCUGAUGCCUAUGAGUCCUCUAUUCCUUCUCAAGGGGCAUUCCGACCUGAACUGAAUGAAAUUAUAACUCGACUUGUUUCCUUCCUGAACUCAAAUGGUUCCCCCUUUGUAGUCAAUAUCUAUCCAUUUCUAAGCCUCUAUGGGAAUUCGGAUUUUCCACAAGAAUAUGCAUUCUUUGAGGGGACUACUCAUGCCGUUACAGAUGGGCCCAAUGUUUACUACAACGCAUUCGAUGGAAAUUUUGACACUUUAGUUGCAGCACUGAGCAAACUUGGAUAUGGUCAGAUGCCUAUAAUUAUUGGGGAGGUUGGUUGGCCAACAGAUGGAGCCAUUGGCGCAAAUCUCACUGCUGCGAGGGUUUUCAAUCAAGGGCUCAUAAAUCAUGUUGUGAGUAACAAAGGAACCCCAUUGAGGCCAGGUGUGCCUCCUAUGGAUAUUUACCUUUUCAGUCUACUUGAUGAAGGGGCAAAGAGCAUACUUCCAGGAACCUUUGAGAGACAUUGGGGCAUUUUUUCCUUUGAUGGCCAAGCUAAAUAUCCACUAAACCUUGGUACGGGCAACAGAUUAUUAAAGAAUGCAAGGAAUGUUCAGUAUCUCCCAUCUAGAUGGUGUGUGGCAAACCCAUCUACAGAUUUUUCAGCUGUGACAAAUCACAUGAAACUUGCCUGUAGUGUAGCAGAUUGCACGACACUUAACUAUGGGGGAUCAUGUAAUGGCAUUGGAGCAAAGGGAAAUAUCUCAUAUGCAUUCAACAGUUACUAUCAGCUGCAAAUGCAGAAUUCACAGAGCUGCGAUUUUGAUGGGCUUGGUAUGGUCACUUUCCUUGACCCUUCUGUUGGUGAUUGUAGGUUUCUUGUUGGCGUCACUGAUGUUAGUUCAUCAAGUUUUCGACCAGUGCAUCGGUGGGUUAUUCCUUGGGGUUUAAUUGUGUGGGGAUUUUGGGUCUUUGUAAUGUGAAACGAGGUUUCGUUGGUGGGUUUUUCACAGUCCCCCUCUUCUGAAACUAGGAAUGCUAAACAUAGGAGACAGAAUACUAUAGUAAUUUAGAAAAUCAAAAUUAUUCCAGGUAUGUGAUUGACCGAGUGUAUCAUGUAAGAAACAGAGUAAACGCCUGUGGAGCUGAAUUAUUCAA